UAAGCAGCGGUACAUCCGCGUCCUUCUCGUUCGUCCUCAGUGUAGGAUAACGAAGUGUUCAAACUUGUUUUUCCUGCCACAAUUCCUGUGUGUCGCUGUGCGUGCUCAUCUCUUCGGGUCAACGUAAAGGAAGGACGUUAUCAUUUAUUUAGAUUUUUUUCUUCAAUCGAAGUUGUGUGUGACAAUCAUGAUGGACGUCAUUGUGCGCCGGUGUCCAUUCCUGGCUCGCGUGCCCCAAGCCUUCAUGCAGCAACCCAGGAAUUCUCUGGUCAUGUAUGCCCAGCGAUGCCCCAUUAUGAUGGAGUUGGCCUCCAAGCCGAUGGCCCCGCCCCUGGCACGGGCCCUGUGUUCGUCGUCAUCCUCUCAUCAAAGGACUGAGAAGACCACCACUGCAGAAGGCCCCAAAGCAGAGAUGGAGACCAAACUGCCUGCUGGCCACACCAUGCUGUCCUCUGGUCAGGCUGCAGCCUCCAAAUGCCCCUUCCUGGCUGCUGAGAUGGGCCAGAAGAACAGCAGCUUGGUCCGCCAGGUUGGCAUGGAGUUCCAAGAAGAUGUUCAGGAAGUCCGCACUGUUCAGAAAGAGGUGUCCCCUGACCAGCUGAAGAAGCCGUCCUUGGCCAGCACCAGCGAGGGCCUUAUGAGAAGCCUCCUAAAGCAGCGACCUAAGAUGGUGUCCCACUUGCUGCAGGACAAUUUGCCAAGCAGCUCGUCUCGCUUCCACUACGAUGGCUUUUUCGAGAAGAAGAUUGAGGAGAAGAGAAGCGACCAUACGUACCGCGUGUUCAAAACGGUCAACCGUCUGGCGAGUGAGUUCCCCAUGGCUGACGACUUCACCGCCUCCUUGGAGGAAAAGAGGGAGGUGUCUGUGUGGUGCAGCAACGACUAUCUGGGCAUGAGUCGACACCCUUGGGUGGUGCAAUCCAUCAUGGAUACAUUGCGAAAGCAUGGCUCCGGGGCGGGAGGCACUCGGAACAUCUCUGGGACCAGCAAGUUCCACGUGGAGCUGGAACAAGAGCUGGCAGACCUCCACAAAAAGGACGCCGCACUGCUCUUCACUUCCUGCUUUGUGGCCAAUGACUCCACCCUCUUCACUCUGGCCAAGAUGCUGCCAGGUUGUGAGAUCUACUCCGAUGCAGGCAACCAUGCAUCGAUGAUCCAAGGAAUCAGGAACAGUGGGGCCAAGAAAUUCAUUUUCCGCCACAAUGACGUGGCUCACCUUCGAGAGAUGCUGCAGAAGGGAGAUCCCACCAAACCCAAGAUCGUCGCCUUUGAGACCGUCCAUUCCAUGGAUGGUGCAGUGUGCCCGCUGGAGGAGAUGUGCGAUGUGGCCCACGAAUUUGGCGCCAUCACAUUCGUAGACGAGGUGCACGCUGUGGGUCUGUACGGAGCCAGGGGAGGCGGCAUUGGAGACCGUGACGGCGUCAUGCACAAGAUGGAUAUCAUCUCAGGGACACUGGGCAAGGCAUUCGGAUGCGUGGGUGGUUACAUCGCCAGUACGGCCGCCCUUGUGGACACGGUACGCUCCUACGCCGCCGGAUUCAUCUUCACCACCUCGUUACCGCCCAUGCUGUUAGCCGGCGCCAGGCAGUCCAUCCAGGUCCUCAAGGGCGAGGAGGGCCGCACCCUGAGGCGCAAGCACCAGCGCAAUGUCAAGCUGCUCAGACAGAUGCUGAUGGACUCCGGGCUUCCUGUGGUGCACUGUCCCAGCCACAUCAUCCCAGUGCGGGUGUCCAACGCUGAAAAGAACACUGAGGUGUGCGACAUCAUGAUGAGUCGCCAUAAUAUCUACGUGCAGGCCAUCAACUAUCCCACAGUGGCAAAAGGGGAGGAGCUUCUGCGUAUUGCCCCAACACCUCACCACACCCCUGAGAUGAUGAAAUACUUCGUUGAGAGGCUGGUGCACACAUGGAAGGAGGUGGGCCUGGAGCUGAAGCCCCACUCGUCGGCCGAGUGCAACUUCUGCCAGCAGCCUCUGCACUUUGAGCUGAUGAGCGAGAGAGAGAAGUCGUACUUCAGCGGCCUCAGCCACCCGAUCUCAGCCCAUGCAUAAUCAUCAACGCUGGGGCCCAGAUGACACAAACGCGCUCAUUCCUAUAAAUGUCAUAAUGUCUCAAACACUAUUUAAAAUACUAUAUACUCAGAGAUUCUAUAUGCUUCAAAUUAAAUAUGAGCUGAAAAACA